UAUGUCCUCUCUCUUCUUCUCUUGUUGUUCUUUCUCUACCCUUUUGUGCCCUUCUUUCUUCUCGUCCCUCUUCUCUUCUCAUUCUUGCAUUCUCUUCUCGUUCUUUCUUUCUUUCUGUCCUCUCUUUCUUGUUCUCUCUAUCUCUCUGCCAUCAUGGCACCCUGCCAUCUUGUCCUACUUUUUGCCCCGGCAUGUGUGAGCGGUACGGCGCCCAACUGGUGCGCUGUGUGGCAGGGGGCCUAUCCGGACUGAAUCCUGAUUGGUCCUGAUGUUUGUGAGGACCCUCCUUCCCCUACCCUCAGCCAAUCCCCACACUGAAGAUGUGAUGCCCCGGCAGACCCCACUACAUCUUUUAUGUUUGGAAGCAAAUAGAGUUCAAGAGACACCCAGUUAGAUGGAGGAGGGGGAGAGGAGUAGGAGUCGGUCCCCGCGGAGGGCCAGCAGGGUGGAGCAGGUGGUGGGACGAUGGCUGCGGAGAUCCAGAGACUCACUCAGCAGGGAGCGUAUUUUGGACGGGAAGUCGGAUCGCUCCAGCAGCUCGUCUCAGCAGAGCUUCCCGGUGCGGGUGACAGUGGAGGUCAUCCGGGACAUGGUGCUGGACUCCCAUGGCUUCAGCAUCUCCCCCAAGCUGCCCCUGCAGGUCAGGGACGUCAUCCCAGGAGGUCCAGCGGAUGGGAGGCUUCUUCCAGGAGACCAGCUCCUGAAGGUGGACAACACUACAGUGGAGGACAUGGCCCCUGAACAAAUGCAGGAGAUGCUCAGGGACAGCCAAGAAUCCAUUACUGUCACCAUCCUGAGGCAUAUGUCAGUUCCCAAAACCUGCUUGAUGACAGCGGAGAAGAGAGCUCGCCUGAGGAGGAAUCAAUUGAAGGUUCACUUUGCUGAGGAGGUGCUGGUCAAUGGCCACACUCAGGGAAACUCUCUGCUGUUCCUCCCCAAUGUUCUGAAGGUCUACCUGGAGAACGGCCAAACCAAGGCCUUUAAAUUUGACAACACCACCACUGUCAAGGACAUCAUCUUAACUCUGAAGGACAAGCUGUCUAUUCGCUCUAUUGAGUACUUCUCCCUGGUACUGGAACAACAGUACAGCAUCACCAAACUUCUGCUGCUGCACGAAGAUGAACUCAUACAGAAGGUGGUUCAGAAGAAGGGUUCGCAUGACUACAGGUGUCUGCUGCGGGUCUGCUUCAUCCCCAGAGACCCCCUGGACCUGAUGCAGGACGACCCUGUGGCCUUCGAGUACCUUUUCCAACAGAGUGUGGGGGACGUGUUACAGGAGCGUUUUGCGGUGGAGAUGAAGUGCAACACGGCUCUGAGGCUGGCAGCGCUGCACAUCCACGAGAGGCUCGCCAGCUGCGGACAGACCCAGAGGGCCUCCGUCAAGAACAUCUCAAAGGAGUUUGGUCUGGACAGCUUCAUAUCUCCCACUCUGCUGAGAAACAUGAGAGAGAAGGACCUGAGGAAAGCACUGAACUAUCACCUCAAAAAGAUCCAAUCUCUUCUGGAGCCUCGCCAGAAGGUGAUCUCCUUGGACCAGGCCCGGCUGGCCUACUUGACCCAGAUGGCUGAGCUCAUAUCGUACAGUGGAAGGUCUUACAAUGCCACCAUGCUGCUCCAGGACCGUGAGUCUCUGGUGAGUCUGCUGGUGGGGGCUCGCUACGGCAUCAGCCAGGUGCUGAAUCACAAGCUCAACAUGAUCUCCACCAUCAUCGACUUCCACUACAUCACACGCGUCGAGCUGCUCUCCGAGUCCGAGAGAGUCAGCAUGCUCAAGAUCUACCUUCAAGAUAUCAAGCCAUUAGCGUUGCUGAUGGAUUCUGUGGCUGCUAAGGACCUGGCCUGCCUGUUGUCGGGUUACUGCCGGCUUCUUGUCGACCCCAAUAUGAACGUGUUCCGCUGGGGUGCCCGGCCAAAGAUGCGCCGUAUCCCACUUGAAGAAGAAUAUUUGUCACGUCUCGGUAGUGACUCAGAUGAUUCAUCAGAUGAAGACUAUCCCAUGGACCCACAGCCUUCAGAAGACUCUCCCUCCACCCACAUCAGCAGAGACGUAGAGGAUGAUGAAGGCGAGGCCAGAGCUAUAGGAAGCAAGCAUGGCAAGAGAGGCAAAGUCAGCGUGAUAGUGACCAGAGCCGAAGAUGAGGACGAGGAGAACGGUAACAUGAUGUUGUGCAUGGCAAUGGCAAGUUCCCGUGGCGACGAUGAGGAUGAGGAGAUAUCCCUGGAGACCUUCCUGGAGACGGCCUGGUACCACACUGACCCGCGGGUCAACAGCAGUUUCUCAAGCCUGUCAAGUAACUCGCUGAGCGCACUGGAGGAGAACUUCAGGGCUGCAAACCGUGCCCAAGCCCAGUUGGUGGCGUUACGGGAGAAGAGCAAAGCCAUCAGUGAAGCCUCCAGUUUAGACGUCCACAGCCCAUACCUGCUAGAAGUACCUGGGCGGCCGGAAACUUCAGGAGCCUCUAACUCACCACAGAGACCUUCAAAACUAGUAUACAGCCAUGACCCAGUCCUAGGCUUUGCUGACCUCUCCCAGGCCGACUCCCUCCCCAGCCCCCCUGAAGCCACUGAUGACGAGCUGGACGAUGACAGCAGAAUGGAUGACGAUGACGCCAAUAGGCCGAUACCCAAGACGCUGACUCGAUGGAACACCCAGUUGGUGACGUUGGACGAUGACAGCGUGCAUGAUCUUGACGAGGAGGACAAUGACAUCAGUAUCCAUGCGGUCUUGGUGAGAAGCUACAGCCGUGAAGGUAGAAACCAAGGCUCCAACUUGACUUACGGACAGGUGUACUCCAAUGAAGAGGUAUCUCCUCGGAGAGAGAGGCCUUCAGGGGCUUCUCAAGCUGCAGCACGGAUCAGAGACAGCGUGUCGGAAUCAGAGGAUGAGUUCUUCGACGCCUCUGAUCGCCUAACUCCACCAAUAACAGACCAAGACCUUAGAGAUGGGAUGACCACACUAAGAGCCCAGAACAGCAAUCACAUCAACAACAGGAUGGUUGUCAAAGCAAUGACUCAUGUAAAUGGCCUAGAGAAAGAGGCUGAGGAUGACAGAGAUGAUCAAUCCUCAAUAUCAUCAUUCCAACAAGAGAGGUCGGCUUUGGACUCUGACACUGAGUCCAUGUUGGGAGGCUUUUUGACCUCUCAUCCUACCGUGGCCUGCCUGCUGGAUGAUCCCGACGAGAAGGAUGACUCGCCAGUGAAAGAGAAAGGGUCCACACCAGUGAAGAACCAUGGCUCCCCCCAUCAAGAAAUGAAGCAGCCUCAUAAUCAGUGCAAUGGAGACAUACCAGGUAGAAACAAACAUCUGUCCUCAGAGUUGCUGGAAAUGGAGCCUGACACCAUGGAGUUUAAACCUGUAACCGCAACUGGUCCGCUUCGCACGUCUCCAAUUAUUACAGCUGUGCGUCAAAACCAGCCCUCAUCAGCUCCCGGUGAGGGUACGAAUAGCACAGAGAAGCAGACCAAGCAACCGAAUGGAAUUCCACCACCCAUAAGGCCAAAAAAUAAUCUACUGUUGAACGUUCCUGACUCGGAUGGCGUUUUGGCGCUUAAUCAUGAUUCAAAGAUCUGUGGAAAUGGGUCAGUGGUAAAAGAACGCUCUCCCGUACAUGGAAGAGCGGGCCGGAAGUCGCCACAAAUGUUAUAUCCACCCCCAAGGAAAGAAGCAAUCCUCACUCCAACCGAUCCACAACCAGGUACUCCCAUGUCAAUGACCCCAUCCCCCCUUCCCCUGCCUGUGCAACAGAAAUCACCUUCCGAUGUUAAACCUGUGGAUAAUAACAAGAAAGACACCCCACUACCUGGCCCCCCCAAUGGUCUGACCUUCCCGUGGGAGCAGAGAAAUGGCAUCUCCCCAUCUUCAGGCUUGAGCAAGGGGGUCUCCAUCAGCCAUGAAAACCUACGGACAGACAAGAUGGACGCCAACAAAGUAAGAGUAGGCAGCGCAUCCACCACUCCAACACCAACUCCCUCACCGCUGGUUCCUGUCAGAAGCCCCAUAUGUGGGGAGUCCAAGGACCCCACGGUGAGCACGAGCACGCCUGUCCUCAGUACGCGAACUGGAUCCUCAGGCCGCCUCUCAACAGCAGCUCUUCGCGGGAGGAUCCAAGAUCUUCCGUGGUACCUGACCCGGUCUCAGGAGAUCCUAGGUACCGCUGCACUGGAGACCACCACCUCUGCUACAGAGCUGAGCAUGGUGGAGGAGAAGAAGCCACCAGAGCCCAUGGUCCCACAGCUGAAGGAAACCAAGAGCAUCCCAGCUGCAACUGCAAGAGUAUCCCAACAGCAACCAAGAUCAUCCCCUACAACUGUGAAAAAAGCCAAAGAGGAAGGUGCAGAGGUAGUCAUAGCAAAGUUGAAAAAUGGACCAGAGGAAGUGACGAAUGGGAAACUGAGAGGGUCUAUGGAAUUUAUGGAAAGGAAUGGAACGUACAAGCAUUUAGGCUCUUGCAAAUGCGAACAGCCCCAGUCUAACAGACUUAAUCAUCUCACAGUCAAUACUGAGGACCCUCCUGUCCCCACCUCCACUCCCAAUCGCGAACCGUGUGGCUGCCGCACAGUUUACGCUAACUGCUUCAGUGGAGAGGCAGAGGAGAACUGCAACUUUGACGAUGAAAUGACCGUCUACGAAUUCUCCCAACGGAAGCCAAUCAAGAAACCUUCAGCGCCUCCCCCUCCCCCUCCAGUUCCAGCCCAACCAGUUCCCCCAACAGCAGCAGCAGCAGCAGCGUCCAACCCCUCUAAUCCCACCAUCCUGUCCCUGUUGAGAGACACACCAAACCCGCUGUCCUCUUCCUCAGAGCUCAGUCCUCUCCUGACACCCCUUCGCCCCCUGGAGCCUCGUCCUAUGGUGCUGGGCCGACUGGGGGACCCCCUACGCGACCUGCAAGGGCGGCGGUACAGCAGCGGACAGAGGGGAGCCGCCGGUCUGAAAGCAGGCUACACCAGCUUGCACAGUGACAUUGAUGAACUUCUGACGGUGCUAGCAGCUGGUAUGUCAGCCACAUCAGUGGCGCCCCCCAAGGGACAGCAGGGUAAUUGCAGCGAAUCUGGAGGAACAAACGGUCACACCCUGUCGGACGCCGAGCGCUGUCUGCUGCAGACAGAGGCACGGAGGCUGGCGUCAGGGUGCCAGCGAGCCACACGGGUAGGCUGGGCACCUGAUGACGCCCUGCUGUCGCUUGGCAACAGCUUCAGCGCCCUGGUGUAUUUGUCUGCUGCCUGCCUGCGUGUCUCCUGUGCGCAUUGCGGAGGGUCCCAUGGGGACAUUGACGGGAAGGAGGCGCUGGGGAAACUUCAGGAGAUGGUGGGGUUAUAUAAGGAGUUUGUGGCUGCUGUUGAGACUGCGAGAGAGGGUGAAGGGGUCCGGGUGUUGGCCAAGCAAUGCACGGUCCUCAUCUCGACCGUCUUCUCCCUCACCCAGCUGUUUAGGACGCGCACGCCAGACACGGACUACGGACUCUCGCAUCUGAGCUUCUGAACUCAUCACACGUUUGAUGGUGUGUGAUUAAAAACUGAAACUCGUAAAAGUGCAUGCACUCAGAGUUUUAAGACAAAACAAAACAAAACAAAAUCCCUGAGACUGCAAGAUGUAGCAAAAGGAGCGAUGCGAAGGAUGACUCCUUGGGACGGGCCUGGGUGGUCCGGAUCCAGGAGCUGACGCUGCUGCUCCCAAUGAAGGGCUGAGUGUGUGCUGGCACACAGAGAGACGGGUCGGCACAGGUACAGGUGUACACACAGCUGUUUGUGUGGCUUGCAUAUCCUGCAUGCUGGAGCUGCACUUAUCUGGCUGCCCCCUUAUUAACUGAUAAUGGCCAAUUCACCAGGCAAUAACAGUUGCCAGUUCAAAGGGAGAGAGGCCACCUCGUGGACUUUCACAAAGUGCAGUCUCCCUCGCGUACUGUGGUACUGUGGGUUAUGCGUUUGUACAAAUCUAUUUUCUAACAAUGUACUCUAUUUCUUCGAUUAUGUACAGUAUGUAUUUAUGUAUUUAUUUUUACAUUCGGUACACUACAUGUAUGUGUGCACGACGGUUUGUUAUAUACAAAAUUCACGUGUUACAGUCUCCUCAACACUAACUACAAAAUGUACUUGUUCUACUAUUUGUGAGUAAUAUCCUACCUCCAAUCUGACAGUUGUUAAAAACCCAAGGAAAACUUAUAGUAUUAUUCUUUCCUGUUAUUAGUUGUGCUGCUUCCGAUCCAAUUCAGAUACUCUUAGAUUUAGAGAGGAACCUGAAACCGACUCACCUUCCCUUCCUCUCCUCUCUCACCCCCAGACUGAUAGUGUACAGCUAGUAGUUAUUAUUCAAAUGCAUAUAUGCAGUAAUAUAUUAGUCCACCCAAAGGUUGUUGAAAAUGGGAAGAGGCAAAAGAUAGGGAAGUGUUUUAAUGACGAGAAAAUGCUAUGUUCUAUACUUAUGUGUAUGUAUGUGUCUAUGUAAGAAGAUGUAUGUUCUAUACGUGUACUGUAUGUAUGUAUGUAUGUAUGUAUGUAUGUAUGUAUGUAUGUAUGUAUGUAUGUAUGUAUGUAUGUAUGUAUGUAUGUAUGUAUGCACUGUAUGUACUAUAUGUAUGUACGUAUGUAUGGACUCUAUGUAUGUGUGUAUGUUGGAUAACAUACUCUAUGUAUGUGUGUAUGUUGUGUAUGUGUGCAUGAAUGGAUAGAUGGUUGGAUUUAUUGAAUUGUUUGUCAAUGAGAAGGUUUGGCUACUGUUUCUUUGUGGUUACUCAUCCUUUGCCAUACUAACAGACUGUUUGAUUUGUUGAUCAGAGUGAUCGAAAAACUAAAUAGCACAAAAAAGUUGUCCCAGAGAGUAGACGAUUCUGGAUAAGGCACAGCUCAAACUUGAGCCAGGGUCUUUUACCAGGGUCAGUUGUUUUUAGUGAUGUUUUUUCACUUAAGUUUUCACGCUUUUUAAAAUUAUUUAUUAUGCUAUUACGUAAGCCUUUUGGCUCCUCAAAUUGUCCUUAAUUUGCAACUAUGCAAGUGUCAUUUGUUUGUUAAGAUAUUGUCCCCAAUUUUCCUUUUGUAAGAAAAAAGUAUUGCCAGAACUGUUAAUGAUCUCAAAGCGUAUUUAUCGAGAGAAAAAAAAGAGGGCUUCCCAAGUAAACCCAAGCCUUAUUCUUGAUCCUUGGGGGUCUUUUGAAAGAUGUUUACUAUCAGUAUGAAUUUUUAUUUGGAUACAGUUGGAUAAUAAUGACUUUUGCUAUUUAGUCCCCAUUUUGCCUUGAUGCUGUAAAACAAAAUAUUCAUUGACAUGAUCUAAGUCUAUCCUCGGAGCUGUAACGCUUCAUACUGCGGCGUCAGGUUUAUAUAAUAAUACUAGUACUGCAUAUAUAUACACGGUGACUCGCUGUUCUCAUACAACUCCUCAGGGCCAGAAGGCGUACAAGCUGGCAUUUUCUAGGGCAGAACUGUUUACUUUAAUAUCAGCCAUAUGGCUCGGAGUGUCAACAACAUGGAGGAGAGGAUAGGAAAGGAUGCUGUUACCGUUACCUCUUCCUUCUGCCCGCCUCGACCGAAUCUCAUGAUGUUGGUAGAAAUGUCCAGUAGGUAAUAAAAACGGUGAUGUGUAAGCUCUGCGGAAAGCUGAGGAGCUGCAGCGUCAGCCAAGCCAGCCAAGAGGAUUGGAUGGAACAGCUGACCCUGGAGCACUGGGUCUGGUUCUCGUCUGGCCCAAAACUGGCCAGGAACUCUUCCAAGGAAUCCUCCCAGGGCGCAGCUGUUGUCUUGAACACUGCGCACCAUAGACAUGGACAGUGAGCUCAAGCUUGGUGAGCCUGAAAAUAGCAUUUGGGGUCAGGGGUUCAAAUGACCCACCAACCACCACUGAACACCACCACCACCAGUGUGAACAUUUGAUUUGUUUUGGUAGCAUGCUGGCACAAGUUAAUAAACCAUGUCUCUGCACAGUUUCUUAAUUUGUCAUAGCAACAAAUAGCACCUCUGAGAAAAUGCAUUCCCAUGUUAAAAAAAGCAGCCGCCUACUUCAAUGACUAGACCUUAUUUGCAAUAUGUAGCAAAUAAAAGCUGAGGUUGUAUAUGA